AUGGUGUCAAUCGACAUAGAAUUCCCUGGUAUUGUGUACCGUCCCGUUAAUGUCGACAAGCACGAACUCGGAAAAGUCCCUCCGAUCUGGAACUACCAGGUAAUCAGAGAUAAUGUGAACUCCAACAUUAUUCAGUUGGGUCUGGCUCUUUGUGAUGACAAAGGCUCUCUUCCCCAUUUUGGUACCGGAUGUCAGUACGUAUGGGAGUUCAACUUCAAUAAUUUUGACGUCUACAAUGAUCUCCAGAACCCAGAAUCGAUCGAGUUACUUGAGCGCCAAGGAAUCGAUUUUGACAAGAAUUUGAAGGAGGGUAUUGACUCUGCCGACUUUGCUGCAUUGAUGUUGGAAUCUGGGUUGUUGGGCGAUCACUCUGCUUUCACUUGGGUUACCUUUCAUGGUGCCUAUGACAUUGCUUACUUGAUGAAAAUCUUGAUUCGGCAACCACUGCCGUAUGAUCUGAUGGGGUUUAUGAACCCAUCUCUAUAA